CCGUUUGGUUUUUGUCUAAUGCGAAAUCCCGGGAGCCGGACGGGCUCCCCGCGUUCUUCCCUUCCCGCCUCCCGCCUCUCCGGCAUGUAGCGGGAGGACGGCGGCAGAGGGGCCGAGAUACGCACGGUCGGCCUUUCGGACGCGCCGCCGUAGGAAGGAGGAAGGUUAAUCCUGGCCGUCGGCGCCGCGUUGAGGAAAUGGGGCUGGCUGCUUACAGCUGAGUCCGUCCGCUGCCGGGAGCUGCCGCGGCGUGGGCUUCAACCGUUGUGGCAUCACGGAGGCACGCCGAUGUCGGCCUGUCGCGUGUAAAAUGGAGAACGAAGUCUUCACCCCCCUUUUGAAGAAGUUCACGCGCAGCCCUCUCGUCACAUGGGUUCGGACGUUCGGACCCUUAGCAGAAGAGAAUGGGACCAGCCUGGAGGAAUACAUGACGCUGGUGGACGGCGUGUUUCUCAACGAAGUCAUGCUGCAGAUUAAUCCAAAGUCCACUAAUCGGAAUGUAAACAAGAGAGUCAACAAUGAUGAAUCACUAAGGAUUCAGAACUUGUGUAUUUUGGUGAAGAAAAUAAAAUAUUUCUACCAGGAAUGUUUGCAGCAGCUGAUCAUGAUGGCUUUGCCGAAUGUCUUAAUAAUUGGCAGAAAUCCUCUUUCUGAGCCAGGUACUAAUGAAAUAAAUAAAAUACUCCUGCUUCUGCUUGGUUGUGCUGUUCAGGUAAAAAAGGAAGAAUUCAUUGAAAGAAUCCAACAUCUGGAUUUUGACACAAAAGCAGCUGUUGCAGCCCAUAUUCAAGAGGUAACUCAGAACCAGGAGAACGUGUUUGAUCUGCAGUGGAUGGAUGUCAUUGUAUUUACACAAGACUCUAUUGAACCUCUUUUGAAAAAUAUGACAUUACAUUUGAGAAGACUUGUAGAUGAAAGAGAUGAGCACUUAGAGACUAUCAUAGAACUCUCAGAAGAUCGGGACUCUCUCCAUUUGCUACCUCAGGCAUCAGCAGCACAAUCACCUUGUGGAUCUCCUGGCUUGAAACACACUGAAAGCAAACAGCACCUGUCAGUUGAGCUAGCAGAUGCCAAAGCAAAGAUAAGAAGGCUUAGGCAGGAGAUUGAGGAAAAGAAUGAGCAGUUUCUUGACUAUAAACAAGAACUUGAACAGGUGGAAGCUGAACUAAGGAGGCUUCAGCAAGAGAAUAAGAGUUUACUCUCAGAUGCCCGUUCUGCUAGAGUUUAUAGAGAUGAAUUGGAUAUUCUUCGUGAGAAGGCAAUUCGAGUUGACAAGCUCGAAAGUGAAGUCAUCCGGUACAAAGAGAGACUGCAUGAUAUGGAAUUCUACAAAGCUAGAAUGGAGGAGUUAAUGGAAGACAAUCGAGUGAUGCGAGAAACAAAGAGAAUGUGUGAGGAUCAAGUCAAGGCGUUGCAGUCCCGUUCUGAUAAAUUACAUGUGGUAGAAAAAGAGAAUCUACAAUUAAAAGCUAAACUACAUGAGAUGGAGUUGGAGCGUGAUAUGGACAGAAAGAAGAUUGAGGAACUUAUGGAGGAAAACAUGGCUCUAGAAAUGGCUCAGAAACAAAGUAUGGAUGAAUCACUACAUCUCGGCUGGGAACUUGAGCAGAUAAACAGGUUUACUGAACAUUCUGAAGUGUCAUAUAAAUCACUUGGUCUUGAAGUAACUGAACUGACAUCAAGCAGAUUACUGAAAUUGGAAAAGGAAAACCAAAGUUUACUGCAAACAGUAGAAGAACUACGAAGCACAAUGGAUGAUUCUGUAGGAGGCAAUAGUUCAAGGAUUCUGAAAAUGGAAAAAGAAAACCAAAGACUAAACAAAAAGAUUGAGGCACUGGAAAAGGAAAUUAUCCAAGAGAAACAAUGUCUUCAGAACAAUCAAAAUUUGACUAAGGAUUUGAUGAAAGAAAAAGUACAACUUGAAAAGAAAUUUGAAGCACUUCGAGAAAACUUAGAACGACAAGUUAAACUAUUAGAACAAGAAAACGAACGUUCAAAUCAAACCAUAGCUUCCUUAAGACAACGCUCACAGAUCAGUGCUGAAGCACAAAUGAAAGAAACUGAAAACGAAAACAAAAUUCUUCACGAGUCUAUUAAGGAAGCCAGCAGUAAAUUAAAUAAACUUGAAUUUGAAAUAAAACAAGUCAAGAAAGAAAUGGAACACUAUAAAGAGAAAGCAGAGAGAGCGGAAGAACUUGAGAACGAGCUGCAUCGUCUGGAGAAGGAAAAUGAAGUACUACAGAAAAAAAUUGCUAACUUAAAUAUCACUUGUGAGAAGAUAGAAGCCUUAGAAAAAGAGAACUCGGACCUGGACAUGGAAAACAGAAAGCUGAAAAAAACUUUGGAUAGUCUGAAAAACCUCCCGUUUCAACUGGAGUCCUUAGAAAAGGAAAACUCACAGCUUGAUGAAGAAAAUUUAGAGUUAAGAAGAAGGAUUGAAUCUUCGAAGUGUACAAGCAUUAAAAUGGCACAGUUAGAAUUAGAAAAUAAGGAGCUGGAGAGCGAAAAGGAGCAGCUUAAAAAAAGCCUUGAACUCAUGAAAGCAUCGUUUAAGAAAAGCGAACGCUUAGAAGUCAGCUACCAAGGUCUAGACACAGAAAACCAAAGGCUACAGAAAGCCCUUGAAAACAGCAAUAAGAAAAUUCAGCAAUUAGAAAGUGAAUUGCAGGAUUUAGAGUCCGAAAAUCAAACUCUGCAGAAAAACUUAGAAGAGUUGGUAAUUUCUAGUAAGCGCCUGGAGCAACUGGAAAAAGAGAAUAAGUUGUUAGAACAGGAGACUUCUCAACUGGAAAAAGAUAAGAAACAGCUAGAAAAAGAAAAUAAAAGACUUCGACAACAAGCAGAAAUUAAAGACAGUACUUUAGAAGAAAACAAUGUCAAAAUUAACCAUCUGGAAAAGGAAAAUAAGUCUCUGUUUAAACAAAUAGCUGUCUAUAAGGAGUCAUGUGUACGCCUGAAAGAACUAGAAAUGGAAAAUAAAGAACUUGUGAAAAGAGCUAGCAUUGAUAAGAAAACCCUUGUCACUUUACGAGAGGACUUGGUGAAUGAAAAACUGAAGACCCAACAAAUGAAUAACGAUCUAGAAAAACUUUCCUAUGAACUUGAAAAAAUAGGCUUAAACAAGGAGCGUCUCUUGUGUGAUGAGCAGAGUAGUGAUGACAGGUACAAACUUUUGGAGUCAAAAUUGGAAUCCACUCUGAAGAAGUCUCUUGAAAUAAAAGAAGAAAAAAUUGCUGCUUUGGAGGCUCGUCUGGAGGAAUCAACAAAUUUAAACCAGCAACUCCGUCAGGAACUUAAAACAGUGAAAAAGAACUAUGAAGCUCUCAAACAAAGACAAGAAGAGGAAAGAAUGGUUCAGAAUCCUCCUCCAAGAAAGGGAGAAGAAAAUCAGUCUAUCAAUAAGUGGGAGAAAGAAAACCAGGAAACUACUAGAGAAUUACUGAAAGUUAAAGAUAGAUUAAUUGAAGUGGAAAGGAAUAAUGCUACGCUUCAAGCAGAGAAGCAAGCACUGAAAACACAAUUAAAGCAGCUUGAGACACAGAACAACAAUCUGCAGGCUCAGAUUCUUGCACUUCAGAGACAGACUGUUUCUCUACAGGAGCAGAAUACAACUCUACAGACUCAAAAUGCCAAACUUCAGGUUGAAAAUUCUACCCUUAAUUCUCAAAGUACAUCUCUAAUGAAUCAGAAUGCACAACUGUUGAUUCAACAGUCUGCUUUAGAAAAUGAAAAGGAAGUUGUGCUCAAGGAGCUGGAGGACCUGAAGUCAUUGUACGAGUCACUUCUCAAAGACCACGAGAAGCUGGAGCACCUACAUGAACGCCAGGCUUCUGAGUAUGAGUCACUGAUUGCUAAACAUGGAAGUCUUAAAUCUGCACACAAAAAUCUGGAGGUGGAGCAUAAGGACUUGGAAGAUAGGUACAAUCAGUUGCUUAAGCAGAAAGUGCAGCUGGAAGAAUUGGAGAAAGUGCUCAAAACAGAACAGGAGAAAAUGCUGCAGCAAAAUGAAAAACAUGAGACUGUGGCAGCAGAGUAUAAGAAACUUCGUGAUGAAAAUGAUAGGCUUACUCAUACACACGAUCAGCUCUUGAAAGAGAAUGAAGUUCUGCAAACUGAUCAUAAGAAUUUGAAGACUUUACUGAACAAUUCCAAACUGGGACAAACACAAUUAGAAGCUGAGUUCUCUAAACUCCGAGAAGAGUACCAACUGCUGGAUAUUAAAUGUACAAAAAUAAGUAAUCAAUGUGAGCUGCUUAGCCAGCUUAAAGGAAAUAUGGAGGAGGAAAACAGACAUCUACUAGAUCAAAUUCAGACAUUAAUGCUACAGAAUAGAACGUUACUUGAGCAGAAUAUGGAAAGCAAGGAUCUCUUCCAUGUAGAGCAAAGGCAGUACAUCGACAAGUUAAAUGAAUUAAGGCGACAGAAGGAGAAACUGGAGGAGAAGAUAAUGGAUCAGUAUAAAUUUUAUGAGCCAUCUCCACCCAGAAGAAGGGGCAACUGGAUUACACUGAAGAUGAGGAAACUGAUGAAAUCCAAGAAGGAUGUCAAUCGAGAACGUCAGAAGUCUGCAACCCUUACACCUACCCGUUCAGAAUCCAGUGAAGGAUUUCUUCAGCUGCCCCACCAGGACAGUCAGGAUAGCUCCUCGGUGGGCUCAAACUCUCUUGAAGAUGGCCAGGUCCUGGGAACCAAAAAGAGUACUAUGGUUGCACUGAAAAGACUGCCCUUUUUGAGGAACAGACCGAAGGAAAAAGACAAAAUGAAGGCCUUCUAUCGUCGCUCCAUGUCCAUGAAUGACCUGGUGCAGUCCAUGGUCCUAGCAGGAGGACAGUGGACAGGUAGUUCUGAGCAUCUGGAGGGUCCUGAUGAUAUAUCUGCGGGUAAAAGGAGAAAAGAAUUGGGAGCUAUGGCCUUCUCUACUACAGCUAUCAACUUUGCAACUGUCAACUCUUCUACAGGCUUCAGAUCCAAGCAGUUGCUAAAUAAUAAAGAUGCUAUGUCGUUUGAAGAUGUAAGCCCACAAGGUAUAAGUGAUGAUUCUAGUACAGGAUCAAGAGUUCAUGCUUCCAGACCAGCCAGCCUUGAUAGUGGCAGAACAUCCACUAGUAAUAGCAAUAACAAUGCUUCACUCCAUGAAGUCAAAGCAGGUGUGGUUAACAAUCAAAGCAGACCUCAGAGUCACAGCAGCGGAGAAUUCAGUAUGCUGCAUGAACACGAUGCUUGGUCAAGCAGCAGCAGCAGUCCUAUUCAGUAUUUGAAAGCUCACACAAGGUCUAGUCCUGUGCUUCAGCAGAGAACACCUGAAACACUGGAUCGUUGUGGGAAACAGAUCAAAACCGAUUCUCCUGGAAGUGAGGUUGUUACCCUGCAGCAGUUCUUAGAAGAAAGCAACAAAAGUACCUCAAGUGAGAUGAAAUCUGGGAGUGAAGAGAAUCUUUUAGAUGAAGUAAUGAGAAGUUUAUCUGAGUCAUCUGAGCUGACAGGAAAGGAAAAGCUAAGAAAGGCAUCUGCUGGUUGUGGAAUUGUGAGGUCACUGAGCGUAAAAAAUCCAGUUGAUUUCUCAGAUGGACGAUCCGUUAAACCAGAACAACUUGUAAGGCCCAGCCUUCGUAAAACAGAAGAUGCCUAUUUCACUAGCUCUCCAAUAAAAUUUACAUCGGGCACUCAAGGGAAGGCCAAAUCAGAAGAAAAGAUGCAAACAUCUGCAUCACAGCGACAAUCAAGGGAUUGCAAUCCUUACGCUACCUUACCUCGUGCGAGCAGUGUGAUUUCUACAGCAGAAGGAACUACUCGAAGGACAAGCAUUCAUGAUUUUUUGUCUAAAGACGUUAGGCAACCUGUUUCUAGUGAUCCAGCAACACCCACCGCUGACAGAAGUGCUCCAGCAACAUCUAAUGUGGAAGCUAUGCCAGAAAGCAGAAAUUCAAAAUGCAGGUCUAGGGAGCAACAAAGCUCCUAAAUCUAUUACCCACUACAUGAGAUGUGGGCCAAGUGAGAGAAAAGUGUCCUUCAGUGUCUCAAUAUGAAGCCUUUAUUUCUGAAGUAAACAAGACAGCAACUGUAGGAAUCAUUAAUAAAUAUUAAGGGAAUUUUUUACAUUCUUCGUGACUAGAGCAGGCAAGAAAUAAAAAAACCUACCUACCUUCCUUCCUUCCUUGAAUCAAGGAGCUCUACUGGAGUCUGCUGCCGAAAAUUUGUAGAUGGUCUUAGGAAUUAUUGCACAUUGCACUGUUAAGAUCUACUGAAUAAAGGACAGUUCUCAUCUCCCUAAGGACCAAGAAUUUUAAGGUCUCAAGAAUUACUCCAGGAAAAAAAAAAAAAGCAAACAACUUCUUUCAUCUUCUGUUUAUGAAAUUAGCCACUGAUUUGCUUAAGCUUCUGCUAAUACUUAGCCAAAAAAGCCCAACCCAUAACUUGCAGUUUAUAUUUACUUCUGUAAAUUUAAAAUAAAUGCUGUAGUAUUUUGUUGAAAGCGAGUGUAUAUACAGAUACAAAAACCUCUCAGCUUACUGGCACUCCCCUGCCUUAUCGGUUAGCAUAAUCUGCAUGGAAUGGCUCUUUACAAAGUUUAUGCUGAUUUCUUUUUGUUGCAUACUGCGGGAAAAAAUUGUUUACAUACAUGAAAACAUUUGAUAACUAACAAAUGUGGGGGCUCAUGGGGUAAUCGUAUUAUAUAGCAAAUGUUUGUCACUUGUGUUCUUCACAUUCCCGAGUUAUUCUGCAUAUCCGUGUUCAGAUGUUUUUGACAGGAAAUUGUCAGGUAUGAUUUCUCUGUAACUUUUACUUUAGCGUAAGGCCGUGUUCAACAAACGGCAUUUCCAGGAGAAGGUUGUCUUGCCAUGUUUGUGUACUGACUGAUUUCUUCUUUUAUUGUUCGUCUUCUGACAUGAGUUGAUUGCAGCUUAGGUGGUUUCUUGAUGGCAAAAAAGAAAAACGAAGAAAAGGGAAAUAACAUGUAUGCAUUUUACAAUCGAUUCCCCUUAAGGUUAUCUUGUAUUAGUAAGAUACAUUUUGUUGGUUAUUGACUUAUAUUAAAGUCAACAAGUGUAAUUGGUACAUUCAGUGUUGUCUCAGAAGCAUUUGCAGUGAGCUCAAAGGAAGUGUACCUGAACUUAGAAGCAGAUUUAACAUUACUGUAACCUUUUUUUAUUUCAAAACAGUAGGCACAUUCAUGUUUCUGUUCUCAAGGGUUAAAUUGGCUGUGUAACCUCAUGCCUGAUCUUCCACCGCAGCUCUCUGUUCACAUAAAGUAAGCAUGGAUCAGUACUGGAGCUGCAGAGCGCCUGUAAAAGGAUCACACUGCUGCUCAGACUGCAGCUCCUUUCACUUCACUUCAUCUUUUUUCUUGAGGCGUACAGGUUUUGCCAUGUGUAAAAGUCUCAAGCUUUAGGAACAAUGGGAACAGAAUCAUUUUCCACUGGAGAGAGAAUGCAGCUCCGCGGAUUUAAAAGCAUACUGGCGAGUCGUUUCUUAUUUUACAGAAAUUUUGUCAAAAAGGAAAAGAGAAAAAGACAGUUCAGUAAGUUUAGAAUUGGAAGUUUUCUCCUUUUAUUUUCCUGAAAGUGACUUCCUUCUGAAAUACUUCUUUAUGAUGGAGUAUGUUACAAGAUCUGCAUCAAACAGAGUCUUGGCAACGUAAAUACCUUGUUCAGCCUGAGUGUUUUUCCACAGAGAACUUAAAGAUUUUUUUCCAUUUGAAUGAAAGUAGGACAAACUUUGCAGCUCUACACCUUAGAGAAGUUUGAUUUUUUUUCCUCUGAUGACAUUUCUGGUAUUUAAAUUCAUUAGCUGAAUUUCAGCAUGAACUCGUACAAGUGUCGCAUUCCGGUCCCCUUAUUCUCAGUGCCAAGAAUUUCAUUGCCUGCAGAGUGUUGCCACUGUUCAGUGCUUCCAGGAGUGACCUGAAGCCUGGAGCAUUCCUGACAUCCAGUUCCACAACAUUUUUUGCAGGCAGUUUGAGGUCAGUUGCACAUGGAAUAACUUCCCGUGCUGUAAUUGAUAGCACAGCCUUUUGGGGAAGGAUUCAGGGUGCUCCAGGCUGCAGUGACAGCUUCCAGGUGUCACAGGCUGUACUGCAGGUACUGCUGUGUCCCUGUGUGCAGUCAGAGCUCAGGUAUUACCGAGGUUCUUCCUCAAUACAAAGUGAGCCAGAGAGAGCCCUGGUGUGCUCUCAGAGAAAAUUACUGUAAGCAAUAAAAACGUGAUGUCAGGCCAGCUUUCUCUGCCAUUCCUGUGCUGCAAUAGAGGCAUAGCCAUAGGGACCGAAGGAAAACUUGCCUUACAGAGCUUCUUAGCCAUGUGGUCAUAUCAGUAGCCCUCACUAAAACCAUAGCUGUUAGGAAAGAUAAUUGAAAUAAGUAAAUACUAGGAAACUAAUUCUCAAUUUUGCUACUCUCAAGUUUGUUUCAGGGCCUGAGUGUUGGUGCGUUCUCCCAGAACCUCUCCUUGACAGCAGAGGACUGAUGCGCCUGAAACUUUUAAACCCUAACCAGUUCAUACUGUCACUAUUUCUAGAACUCAGUGUGUCCUGAAUUAACCCAUAGUGCCAAACAUAGUUUGUAUUGCAGUAUCUGUGCAUCUGUAUGUGCUCUGGCGUGCCACAUACUCGAAGACCUGGGACUAUUGCCAUGGCUGAUGCAUAGCACACAGCCAGGCACGUGCAGCCUUUUGCCCUCCCUACACGUGGCUGUGUCAUUCCUUCAUGGGCACUCCCCUGAUUUUUCAUUUGUUGGUUCUUUUCUGUAUUCAUUAAGUUGUGCAGAAUUUUCCAUCACGGCCAGGAUGCUUAGUCACAAAUGUGAAAGUUACUAGUCAACUGAUAACACGUAUUGAAAGUGAAAAGCCUUUGUCCAAAAACCUCAGUUAAUUUUCCUUGUUUGGGAGCAUCAGCAGGAACGUGGGGACGUGGCAGCAGAAUUCAUCCCAGUAGUGCAGGUCAGGGUUGUGUGCCAAAGUGCCCGCUGGUGUCCCUGCACCAUUCUUGGCGGGGUUUGAGCUGCUGGGCCAGCAUCAGGACAGAGACCACAGGGAGAUUUGGUUUGUUUUCACCAAGUUACACCAAAGCAGCACCAGGGAGACAUUUUCAUUGAGAUCAGACUCUAAUACUGCCAGUGCUUACUGUGUGAAGACAUAGCAGAGCAGAGCAGUCAGGAAGUGCUCUGUACUCUGAUACGGAUGUCUUUCCUUUCCAGACUGGUAUAACACCUCUGUAAGGCACCUUAUCUUCCCAUAUAACUAAAAACCAAACUAUCGAUGUGAUUUGGGAGCCACCUCCCCUUCUCUGAAACACAGCCUCCCAGGGAGCAGCACAGCGGCUGUGGGGCAGCCCACAAGAAGAGCACAUCACUGUUAGCAGCAAGAGUUGAGUUGCCAAAUGUGUCACUGUUAGUUCAAGUUUACAGUUUGUUUUAAUACCUUACAACGUAGAAUUUCCAUUUGCUUUGCUGAUAGUCUGCUGUUAUUUAGCAACAUUCCCAACUUUGUCCAGGACAUGGUGCAGCCUCACCAGAGCUCACGGAUGAUUCUUAGAGGUAGAUGAUAACGUAUAUGUAAAUAAUGCUUUGAUAUUAAUAAAACUGCCUUAAAGGAAUGUACCUAGGUGUGAAACAAAACUUAAAAAGCUCUUAUUUAAAACUGUAAUUUCCUUUACAUAUUGAUUUUUUUUUUUAAUGUUUGCCAUUGUAUACAUUUAUUAAUGAUGUUAUUAAAAUACCGAACCAAAUAAUUUUUAUCCUUAUUUUGUGUAUAUAUAUAUUGAUACACACAUGUUCUGGAAACUGAUGUUACUGGAAGGAUAUUGGUGUUCAGUGUGGUUGUGCUCGGUUGGUGAUGUGUUCAGUAUUUCUUCUGAAAGGAAACCUAUAAAACUGUAGCAGAAAUAUUCUGGGCGCUGCGUAGUUUGUUCCGUGCUGUUAAUUUGUAAAGACUCGUGUAGCUUUUAACUAUCCCUUGUUUUAAUAUUAUUUUGAAGACACUAAUUUCAUAGUAAAUAUGUUAAGAAUGCCUGGCAGAUUUGCCAAACACAGGAUUUGGAGCUUUGAUUUUGCUUGCUGGUUAUUUCUGCUGAAACAAGACUCACAAGCCCUUCUGAUAGUGAAGGUAGUUUAAUUUUUAGGUUUGCAGAUCUUCAGACUUGUGAGAAGUGUAGGAAUCUGCUAUUGUGCACAGCUUUUCAACUUCUUAUCUUUCACAUGUAAAGCUUUUUGGUUAAAAAACUUGACAAGCUAAAUUUAUUGCUUUUUACUCCCCCUUUUGGAAG